AUGCAGCUGCUUGUACAAGGACAGGGGAGUCACGUUAUUGACUGUGAAGGCAGUGAGUCUGUUGGGCAGAUCAGAAGUGUGGAGCAGUUCUGGUUUCUGCUGCUGACCCAUGGGCUUGUCAGUUGUGCUCUCAGUCCAAGUAUUGGUGGCCUGGGUAGGCUGGAUCAGCGUCUUUGUUCCACCAGAGUGGUGGACAAACAAGAGAAGAAGAAUGAAAAGACUGGCCGUGCUAAGCGAAGUAUGCAGUGCAGUUGCCAGUUUGUGAAUGUUGUGCAAGGUUUUGGCUGCAGGAGUGGACCUAAUGCAAAGUCAUAA